GCUUGGUCAGGACGCUCGCGCGAGGAUGCUGCUCAAUCGCGCCUUGUCUCUCCCCACCAUCGACGGCAGCGAUGUCGGCCCCCACGAAGACGCUGGAUGAGCUCGACGAGCAGCGGCCGCUUCUCGCCGAGCCGGACGCCCAGUCAUACACCGAUCCGAACCGCGUCCGCGACGUCGAGGCGGGUGAGCCUGCGGAGGACGAGGAGCGCGUGAAAGCUGGCGUCAGCGUGUACACGCUGCUCUGGCGCAUCGUGCUCUGUGCGGUGGCGCUGUUCUUCAUUGCGUUGUUCGUGAAGGCGUUCAUCGAUGCGGACGAUACGCAUUUCGACUUCAAGAAGGCGUUUAAGUCAGCCCUGGGUGGGGGGCUGAGUGGUGCUGCAGCCAUGGUCCUGCAGGUCCUCCUCCUAAUGCCCCUCCGUACCGUCAUGAACUACCAGUACCGCUACGGCAGUACCACCACCGUCGCCAUCCGCACGCUCUACCAUGACGGCGGCUGGACGCGCUACUACCGCGGCCUCAUCGCCGCCCUCAUUCAAGGCCCCCUCUCACGCUUCGGCGACACGGCCGCGAACGCGGGGAUCCUCGCGCUGCUCGAGUCGAACACGUUCAUGAAGGCGCUGCCCGCGCUCGUGAAGACGGUGUUUGCCUCAUUGGCCGCCGCGGCGUUUAGGAUCGUCCUGACGCCCAUCGAUACGGUGAAAACGACGCUGCAGACGCAGGGUAAGCCUGGGAUGGCUAUCUUGAGAGCGCGCGUGAAGAAGUACGGCAUCACUACCCUUUGGUACGGAGCCAUUGCAACUGCGGCGGCCACAUUCGUAGGGCACUAUCCUUGGUUUGGCACAUACAACUACCUCGACGCCAACCUUCCGCCUUCGCACACCGUGCUGCAAACGCUCGCCCGCCGCGCAUUCAUCGGCUUCUGCGCCUCCGUCGUCUCCGACACGAUUUCCAACUCCCUGCGCGUAGUGAAGACCUACCGCCAGGUGAACGAGACGAAGAUUGGGUACAUGGACGCCGCGCGCGCCGUAAUCGCGGCGGAUGGUCUGCAGGGCUUGUUUGGUCGCGGACUGAAGACGCGUAUCCUCGCGAAUGGUCUCCAGGGAUUACUCUUCUCGAUUUUGUGGAGGCUCUUCCUCGACAUCUGGAACGACAAGACAUAGACACUGGUCAUAAGGACGCAGAUAUAGCUCGUAUAGCACCGAUACAAUAUAAUGCGGAUUUUAUACCAUCCAACGGCC